UGUUGUGAGGUCAUGGGGAGCAGCUGGGAGGCCCCCGCCCUCCCUGGAGUGCCGGUUGGCUUGGAGGCGGUAGAUGUUCCCUGUCGUGGCACAGGAAAGAAAAUCCGCGCUUGAACCAAAUAAUCCAUACCCAACCCAGGAAUGGCCAACUUUGUGGUGAAGACCAUCUGGCAGUCCAAGGAAAUAAACGAAGCUGGAGACACAUCAACGGGGACCGAGAGUCGGGCUCAGGGCAGCAAAGAGCAGCUGGGGAAGUCGAGCAGCCUGAAGGGCUUCCCCAAAAAGAAGAAAGCCGUCUCUUUCCAUGGGUGGGAGCCCUGGGAAGGGAAGGGGUGGAGGGUUGAGCCCACCGUGACCAAUGAAAACCCCAACCUCAACUUGAAGCGCUCCUCUGCCUGCACCAACGUUUCGCUCCUGAACCUGACGGACGGGGAGCGUGAUGACUCUACCACCACUGAGAAUGAAUCCACAGAUGACGGGGGUCCUCCGGGAGGAGCAGGUGGCGAAAGGAGGGACCCCUUGCUCCCCAUCAAGUCAGCGUGGUCCGAGGAUGAAGACGACACCUCCAGCCAACAGCAGGUAGUGAGCAAUAGCGGCCUAUUGCGAGCCAAGGACUCCAUCACCAGCCUCAAGGAGAGGACGUCCAAGGUCAACCGCCAUGUUCAGAACCUGCAGAGUGAGUGCACAGUGCUGUGCGAAAACCUGGAGCGGCGCAGGCAGGAGGCUGAGGACCUGGAAGAGUACUGCACCCACCUCAAGGAGAGCUGCCGGAAGGUCUCAAAAUCAGUAGAGGAUGCUGAAAUCAAGACCAACGUGCUCAAGAAGAACUCGGUGCUGCUGGAGGAGAAGCUGCGUUUCUUACAGCGGCAGGUGCAAGCGGAGGAUCUCGGUCGGCAGGAGCGAGAGUGGCAGGAGCUGGAGCAGCGGAUGGCAUCCGGGGUCUCCAAGCAGCUCCUCGACCUGGUGGGCAGCGCAGCAGCCUCACCCCUGAGAGCCCCCAGCCUGGAGGAUGGUGACCUGCAGCGGGCCACUGCUACGAUCCUGGCGUCCAUCAACAGCCUGCGAGGGGCGCUGGAGAGCGGGCAGUCACGAACAGGGCCAGGGGACGAGGGUGGCGCUGACGGAAAGCUGAACACGGCUGCCACCUUGGCAUGCGUGGAAGAGAUCAGGAAAUGCAUGCUGGAGCUAUCUGGGAGGUCUCAGCGGGAUGGGCUGACCCAGAAGGAGGUGCUGCGGUUGCUGGCCCAGCUGGGAGUGCGCUUGGAGGGGGUGCUUCCCCAGUGGGAGAGGACACACCUGGAACACGGCCAGGCGCUCAGGAUGCUGCGAGAGGAGCUGGAUGAGGUCUCUGCCACGGCCAAGCGGACGUCUGUCUCUCUCACCCAGCUCCGCGCUGACCUGGAUGGCCUAUGGCAAAUGAAGUCGCUCAUGGAGGAUGUGUCGCGGCAUCUCUCAGCACUCAAGCCCCUGGAGACACCCGACAGGCACCCUGCUAGUUGUGCCAGAUGUUCCAGCUAUAGCUUUGUGAACACGGACACGCUGAGACAGAUGGUCGAGCAUGCCAUGGCGCCCGUCCUGGAAGAGCUGAAGCAGAGGGCGGUCCCCCCAGGCCCAUGCCCCAGCUGCCAGCGCUUGCAGAAGAAGAUAAUGGAUCUGGAACACACGGCUGUGGACACUCGCGCACGAGCAAAUGCCCUGAGUUCGAAUGUACGCCUGGCCCAGGAUGAUGCCCUGAGAGCCAAGAACUAUCUGGAGCGGGCCAAGAUCGCCACGGAGGAUAAAGCCACUGCCCUGGAUUACCUCCAGAACAAGCUGAGUUCCCUCCACUCGCAGCUGUCCCUGGUCUCCCAGGAGGGAGGGCCCCAGUCCCCAGCGACCUCCACCACUUCCUCUGUAAGCCUCGCCAAGCGGAACUCCUGCCCGUCUGAAUUAAACCGUGACCCCCAAUAAAAGAGAGAUGGCUGUGACUUAAAA